AUGACGGAGGAGAAGGCAAGAGAACGGGAAACUAUAGUCAGUGGAGGAGGAGGAAAUCAUGCUCAUGAAUCCAAAGCCGCCUCCACCAAACUGGAGGUUCAGAGCUCCGAGUCUCCUUUAGCUUUCCCCGUGGGCCCCCAGUUCUCACCUCCAUUUGCGGAACCCACUGGGUUCUUGGUUAAAAAAAAAACACAGAAGUUUUCACUACAUCUCGGCCCUGGCAAGAAAAGUGGAAAAUAUCCUCACAACACUGCUGCAUUGUGUUCAGCUGGUUUGAAUUCUUGGUGGUUGGGGCUGCAGGGAUUUGCUCACUUUGAGGUGAUGUGGAUUCAGGCCAGGGUGGAGGGCUUCACGAUAUUACUUCUACUGGAUCGCCACGCUAUUCAUUUCUUUCUAGCUCCACAGCUGAAAAAUGUUCCCGCAGUGGAGUAUGGACGAUCCCACAGCGGGCGGCGGAACGCGGUGAGGGCGGGCCCGGUUUCCCGGCCGGACCGUGGGCGGCGGCGCACCGGCGGCGGACUGAAGCCGCGGGGCACCGGUGGCAUGGAAGGGCAGGCCAACGCCGCCGGGCCUGGUACCCAGGGCGGCCCAUGCACCAGCAGCAGCACCAGCAGCUGCACCAGCAGCAGCAGCUGCACCAGCUGCACCAGCAGCAGCAGCUGCACCAGCUGCACCAGCAGCAGCAGCAGCAGCAGCAGGAGCCUGGAGCUGAACCGUGCCAACUGGAUGAGCAGCCAUCCCCAGUUUGUGGAGAUGCAGGCAUUAGAAGUAGCAGACAGCUCUCAAGUAUACACAGCAUUCUUAGUUUACUUGGACCUUCUAGAAGGUAGGAACUGGCAUGAGGUGAAGAGUGUUGGAUUAGCCGAAGCCCAGCUCAUCUGUCUCUACGGUCAAGAGAAAGAAGAAGAAAGCUUCCAGGCUGUGGUACCGAUGUCUGUCCAUGCAUCCCUCAGUCAUGAGAGGAUAAGGGAAAUUAUGACACACGCUUGCAAGCUCCAGCAAGAGCCCGAUUCUCCAAUGUCAAUCACCCUGGCCAUAGUGGAAUCUGAUUCCACCAUUGUCUACUACAGACUGACGGAUGGAUUUGUCAUACCGGAGCCUCCCGAGGAUGAGGGAGUUGCAGAGAGUAAACAGUGGAAGAAGAAAAAGAGGAAAUGUGUGAGGUGAUUCCUGGACUGUCGAUGGGGCUGCCAUUUUCCGGUGGAAGAGAGAGACAGCGAGACCUGCCUGUCCAUAAAUGAGAGGGUUUCUUCUCCCCACAGGCUCUUGCCCCAUAGACGGGAGGAACAGGCCGAAAGUUCGGUAAAUGUGUCCGAUUCUUGUAAAUGGAAGGGAAUUGCUUCCCUCUGGCCCUGGACAGGUAGACUCUCUAUCACAUCACAGUAAUUGAUGAUGAAUUUAAUACAGAUUGCUUGAAAGCAUGGUGGGCAGAGGGUUUUCUGCACUAAAAAAUUGGCAGUCUUAUUCUGGAAGGAAACCUCUGGAGGAAAUGGGACAGAAGGGGAUUCUAAUGAAUAUGAAUUUCAAUGUAGCUGGAUUUUUUUAAAAAAGUACUUUGAUGUGAUUGUGGCUGUCGCAUUAAAAUACUCUGCGAUUCUUUA